UUCAUAGAAAGAAGAAAAUAAUCACGAUACAUUUAUGAAAUUGAUUAAUAGCAAAGUUUAUUUAGGUAUUAAGUACCUUCAUAAAGUUUUCACAAUGAACACCCAUUUAAUGAUUUUUGUAUUUAUAUCACUACUGAUGUCUGGCAUUGUUUGCGAAAAUAAAUAUACACGUUCGGCAAAUGAGAAGAAUGAUGAUGCAAAAGUAGAUUUUAGAACUCUUGAAAAACCUUUCAGGAUGAACAAAUUAAAUCUUUUAUGGACUAAAGCUCAACAGCGCCUUACAGAACCGAAAUUGAAGUCACUCUACAGUGAUCUGAUGCUGCAUGAUAAAGAAGAAAUUACAUACAAACGGUUUAAAAGUGAUGGGGGUGACAAAGAAGGCUUAAAAGAAGCAGAACUGAGAAGAAAACUCAGUAACAUCAUGUCUGUCUAUGGUCUAUUGGAGCAUUUUGAUCCUAAGGCAGAUAGACAAAAAGAUCACCCAGCAUUUAAUUCUGCAAUGGAUGAUCACAUAAAUAGGAGUAUUUUCAAGGAUAAAAAAUUGAACAUGCUGUGGUCUAAGGCUGAGUUUUCAGGUUUUACUGCUGAAGAGUUAUCAGCUCUCAAAGAAGAAUUUUUACAUCAUCAGGAGAAAAUUGAUCAAUAUUAUGAAUUACUUGGAGAGUUGGAUAAUGGAAAAAAGGAUGGAUACAAGAAUGUUGUAAAUGAUGAUGAAAUAGACAAGUUCAAUGAAAUUUCCGAGCAGAACAAUGAAAUAACAAAGGAUUAUCUUCAUCAGGCUAAUAUGGUUAGAGAAAAGCACAGAGAUUUGAGAGAAGGAUAUGACAAACUACAGAGGAUUACUGCUAAAGGUCCAUACAACAAAGAAUUUAUAGAACCCAAAGUGCAAGGUCUGUGGCGAAUGGCAGCUGCCGCAAACUUUACCGUGGAUGAGCUAGCGUCACUAAAGGUCGAACUCCAGCACUACGAGUCGAGACUGCUGAAGCUGCGUCACCUACAAGCUGACCAUGUAAGCAAUAGCGAGAAGUACAAUACUAAGGUGGCCGGAGCUGGUGAAAAGAUGAACCACUUCGAAGACCAGGAACAGACCAUCAAGAAGCACUCCAGGAAGGUUGAGAAGAUGCACGCAGAUAUCGAAACCAGAAUAUUAGAACGACACACUGAAUUGUAAAUUUGAGAGCUUUUUCCAUUAUUUACCAUCAUCGAUGACUGUAGCAAAUCAUAAAAUUACUGGUAAUUUAUGGCAUUUCCUACGUUAAAUACGCUGAGAAGAAAUCUUUUGGCUAUUAUAGAUAAAAAUAAAUUGAAAAUUUGAAUUUGUACGCUUUUAAAAUGAGAUUAAAAUUGAAUACCAUUGUCUAGAAAACGGUUAUGUCCAGUGCCAAACAGAAGUAUACAUUUCGUUAAUGAUGAUCAAAAUUUUGUAAAUAGAGUUAAUUUUUUAAAUGACUGACAUCAAUCAAUUUUAUUUUUGUUACGUAAAAAUGAAUCUCGAAUAAAUUUGUUACUGAAAUUUCGCCUUUUAUUUUCAU